ACUGGAGUUCAGUCGUGUGCAUCGGAUUUAGUUGUGUUUACAAACGUAUUCUCAGUCUACCUGUCGUCAUUUUGCUGACGGGGAACCUUUUUUGUAUUAUCUACCUGCCUUUUCUAUUAAGUGAGAACCCACCAAACAGACAAAGUGGAGUCGUUUUCAGUAGGAAACAGGCUGAAAAACACGGCCAACAUGUUUAAUGCCGUGUCGAGCUGGUGGGGUGCCAUUCAGAAAAAGGAUUCGGAUAGCAACGUACCAGCUGAGGAAUCAGCCGAUGCGCAACCGACUCAAGAUGGAAAAGAAGACGUUCAACAGCCCGAAAGCAGUACGAACGACACUGCUUCUAGUGCUGUUGCACCUGGUCCCGAGGCGACGGCAACUUCGGUUGUAACUGGAGCUGGUGGUGGUGGCGGCGGUGGCGGUGGCGGCGGCGGUGGUGCAUCAAGUGGUGACGAAUCUCCCGUCACAGAAUCAGCCUCAGAACAAAGUGGCUCUGACACAGCCGCUCCUAAUAUUCCUCCUUUGCCUGGCAAGAAAAAACCACGCAAGGGUGGAGCCAAUUCGGAUGCUUCUGAACCCGCGACCAGCAGUGACGACGAAGAUGCCGAAGGACCAGAUAAAGUGGAUGAGAAGAUUGAAGCAGCGAAGCAAGCAAUCGAAGACGUUUCAACUAAAGCUGUCAGCGCUGCUAAGGAAUGGGGAAGUAGGUGUUAUUUACUAAUCAUAAAUAUACGUGUGUCAAAUCAAUGUACGUAUGUCUUUAAUCAUCACACUCACUCACACACACAUACAGGUGCACACACACAUCUGUGACAUUGAUGACAAUCUUUCCGUUCCACAAAAUAUCCAUUUAGCUGUCUUUCUGUCUGUCUGCCUGUCUGUCAGUCGAUCUAUCGAUCUUUCCUCAUUGUAACAAAUGAUUAAGAAUUUUAUUGAGUGUCGAUAAAAUUAAUAACAACUGCUAUUGUAGUGAGUCCAUUUUUUCACAGAAUGUUCACAUUAAAUGUAAUUAUUAUUUAUUUUAUAAUCAUAAAAAUAUUUAAGU